AUGUCUGAUGGCGGCACUUCGGUCUCGCUUACGGCCGACAACUUUGCUUCGAUUGCUCCAGACAUACCGAUGGGCGAUGGCGAUGAGAUGGCUGAUGUACCGAUAGAUGAUGGCGAUGCGAUGGCUGAUGUCGAUAUUGAAGGGCAGUACGAGAUGGCAGUGCAGACUGAUGGAGCCUCCACGGACAGCCCAGGAAUGCCACGGACCCAUGCUGGGGUCACCUUUGUCGACGAGCCAACGAUGCGGGUCACGUAG